AUGCCUUUGCCGUAUGUGCAUUAUCGCCGUGUUUUCUGCGACCUUCCCGUCGAAGUAUACGUCCCGAUCUUAUCGUAUCUCUCUCCCUUGGAUGACAUCUGUUUCGGAAGGAUUGACCGAAAGAAGAAGGCCAUUGUUGAAUCCUACUUCUGGAGCGAAUUCAUACAACUCAUGGUCUCGUACUUCUCCAAGCAGGAACUCUUGGAGCUUCGCCUAAUCCAGGCAGAGACUGGCACCCUCAUUUCCGGAUCCACCGCCCUACAAUUCUUAGAACGGAAGACAUAUCCCAAUUCGGACCUUGACAUUUAUUCCCCCGCCAGGUAUAGCAAAGACGUUGGCGAGUUUUUGCUCAGAAUUGGGUAUCACUUUUGUCCCCGAGAGAGACAGAUAAUGCCAUUCCACGAGCUUACUGAAGGAGUACAAGUCUACGACUUCUAUCGCAAUGGGCAGAAGAUACAGCUAAUGUCAGCGUACUAUUCUCCCAUGGAGAUCAUUUUGGCAUACCACUGCACCACGGUCAUGAAUGUCAUCACAGCCACCUACGCUUACUCCCUCUACCCCAGAACGACGUUCUCCCAAAGACGAGGCCUCAUCAUUAGUACUGAUGACUCUGCCCAAGAUGAGGGGCGUCAGAAUCCUUAUUCAGAAUUCCAAGCCCACUCCCUCAGAUGGGUCGGGGAUCGGAGGUGCCUCUCAGUCAAACUACCUCCUAUGGAGUUGCAUUUUACGCCCUAUCCCAUCACGGCCAACUCCUGGCAGAUCACCUGUGUGAGGACGCCGUCUUUGCCGCUGGAAAGAUAUUACAAACGCUGCGCUUCGGUCAGUUUAACUGAUGCUGCACUGGAAUGGCUUGGACCGGAUGUUUCUUCGGAGAUGUUGGAAGAUAUUUUUGAAGGUCCCCAUGAUUCUUAG